AUGUCAUCAGAGCCAUUAUUUAAGGAGCAGCCGACACCUCUUCCAGUAGUAUGUGGCUCUUAUAAUUUCUACGAGAAUAAUGCUAAUCGCUUCAAACCCUACUUCAGUGUGAUUCGUGCUUCUCUCGAAAGAGGCAACCCUUGCGGCAACUGUCAGGAUAGCAAUGCCAUAUGUUCUCGUCAGCGAGUCAUAAGACGAGCCAAAAAUACCACUCAACUGGCAGUGGUGGAAAAUCUAGGUCAAACACGUCAAAGGCCACCCCAAGCAACCCAAGCAACCCAAGCAACCCCAAGGUCUCAUAAUCGGCAAAAUCCAACAUCGGGACUGCACGAUUAUUCUGCAACCAUGUCCAAUAUAUAUCACAGGCUGGACUAUCCUCAACUGUCCCGUGGGGCAUCUCCGGGUAAUCAGCCCCUCUCACUCCAUGAUGCCCAUGCCACCAUUCAAUCCCACCUAGAACAUAUGAAAUGGCUCCCCAAAAAUCGCCGCCAGAUUUUGGAAUCGGGUUUGAGGCUGGCUUCUCAACUUUCAGAGAGUUCUGAGGACCCUAGGGACGUUGACAGUGAUAGUACUGUGAAUGAAGAGCCGACAAGAAGCCCUUCUGCUGAAUUACUAAGCUGGAUGUUGAAAGAGAUCAAGGAGGCGAGCUUUGGCUCGUUUGUUAGGGAUUACUUCAGGCACAUAUCUGAAGCAACACUCGAGCAAAUGGGACUCGCUCUGCUUCGUAGGACGGGAUCAGCUCACGACAUUCUCAUCAACACUGUUUGUGUCAAUACCAUGGCAUCCAAAUUCUUGACUGCCACCACCAACACUGGAAUUGACAGUGAGCUGAUCCAUGAAUUGACAAAUAGCGUGGUGCAAUUCCAGGCGGCAGCAAAAACAGCCCUUCGGAGUAUCUCUCUCUUGACGAGUCCUUCGCUCGGACUCUUACAAGCGCUUCUCUCUGGUAUAUUCCUCCAUCAAGGAUCUGGAGAUAUCACUAUAUGCUGGGAGCUUACCAAAGCUGCCUGCAGGGUGUGUAUAAGUCUUGGUCUUGACAAUAUCCUGAAGACAGGAGGCGCUGUGAGUGAAGAGCAGUAUUACUGUGUCGCCUGGUGCUAUAUGCUGGACAAUAAUUUUGCUUUCAAGAUGGGAAGAUUGAAAAUCUUACUUGAUAUUGAGAUUGGACACUUCACUUCCAACAUAUCCAGCCAUCAGCACCCCACGUCAGACCUCUUUCAAAUUUACAUGGGUCUUGCUAGUGUGCAGGCUGCUGUCGUGCCAUACAUUAGGGGACACUCAUUUGGGGGUGGUUUAUCAUCUUCCCAUGGAAUCGGGAAAUAUUGGUUGGUUAAUAUGCAACAAAUCCAAGACAAGAUUGAGCACAUCUCGCGUCCAUAUCCGGCAUGGAGAGGACUAGAUGCUCAGUCUGAAAUAUCCGCUCUUCAAUUCGCUUAUCGUUCGAUUAUGGCCACCAUAUUCCACAUCACUGAGGGUGCAGGAAACCAGUCCGUUGAUAUACGGAAACAGAGUUUGUUGACAGCCCACCAGGGCAUAUCUUCACUAGUGUCGAUAUGUUUAUCUGCUGAAAGGCAAAGCACGGCGGCCUUGUUACACUGGUCACUUCUCGUCUACCCUACCACCGCAUAUUUCGUGUUAUUCUGCAAUGUCAUCGCAACAUCAAAUACUGAUGACUUCAAACUCAUGAGGACGAUUACUGAUUGUUUGGCCCGUAUUGAAACAACAAGCCGUCCAAUUAUUCAAGUACGAACCAUCUUCCGCCACUUUUUAUCUCUCACUGGGGGAGUUUUCAACAACGAGGAAAAUGCAACUCAAGAUCCUCAAGUACAGCCAGUACAGUCUCAGUCAAGUGCAUUGCAACCUUGGGUAUCUGACAACCUAUUUUUAUCUUCGACGGCUGAUAUUGUUCCUCAUUUUUCCCCGUCUUUGCUGGUUGGAAUGGAGGAUUUCUCUCAGAUGCCCGUUUUCUUCGAGAAUGAGAUGUUCAUGCCCUUUAACAAUGAUUUCCCUGAUCUCGGAAAUGACCCGAACAACUGA